AUGAGUGGGCUUGUCGAGAGCACCGAAAAUUUGAACAUCGAGUCUGCUGAGCAGAAGAUCACCCCGUGGGAGGUAGAAGGAGCCGUUGUUGAUGGCCAGGCUGUGGGGAUCGACUACGAAAAAUUGAUCAAGCAGUUCGGAACCAAGCCCAUCACCAAGGAGACUUUGGAGAGAUUCGAGCAGGUGACCGGCUAUGAGCCUCAUCACUACCUGAAAAAGGGUCUAUUCUUUUCCGAGAGAGAUUUUAGCAGAAUCCUGGACUUGUACGAGCACGGCGAGCCGUUCUUUCUGUACACCGGGCGUGGUCCUUCGUCAGAUUCGAUGCAUCUGGGUCACAUGAUUCCGUUCACGUUCACCAAGUGGCUGCAGGACGUUUUCGAUGUGCCGUUGAUCAUCGAGCUGACUGACGACGAGAAGUUUCUAUUCAAGCAGAAGCUGACCAUCGAGGAUGUCAAGAAGUUUGCCAAAGAGAACGCCAAGGAUAUCAUCUCUGUGGGCUUCAAGCCGGAAAACACAUUUAUUUUUUCCGACCUUGAGUAUAUGAACUCUGCCUUCUACGAAACGGUGGUUCGUGUUUCUAGACAGAUCACCACUUCGACGGCCAAGGCUGUCUUUGGAUUCCAGGACUCCGACUGUAUUGGUAAGCUUCAUUUUGCGUCUGUCCAGAUCGCCACUGCAUUCCCUUCAUCUUUCCCUGAUGUGCUUGGACUGCCUCCGAAAACACCAUGUUUAAUUCCGUGCGCCAUUGACCAGGAUCCAUACUUCAGAGUUUGCAGAGACGUGGCGGACAAGCUCAAAUUUAGCAAGCCGUCUUUGGUCCAUUCUCGGUUCUUCCCUGCUCUGCAAGGCCCUACCACUAAGAUGAGUGCCUCGGACGAAAAUAGUGCCAUUUUCAUGACAGACACCCCUAAGCAGAUCCAAAAGAAGGUCAACAAAUAUGCUUUCAGUGGUGGCAAGGUGAGCAUCGAGGAGCACAGAAAGUACGGUGGAAAUCCAGACGUUGAUGUCGCGUACCAAUAUCUCUCCUACUUUAACGAGGACGAAGACCUGCUUGCCAAGGUUGCUGAACAAUAUCGAUCUGGCGAGCUUCUGUCUGGCGAAAUGAAGAAGCUGUGCAUAGAGACUUUGCAGAACUAUGUGAAAGGAUUCCAGGAAAGGCGCGCAAAGGUGGACGACGAGGUACUACAGUCGUUCAUGAAGCCUCACAAGCUGGUCUUUGGAACCAAAGAUAGACGGGUUCCUGCUAAGGAGAGACAGAAGAAGAAAUGA